AUGUUGAGAGAGAAGCCCAGAACAGAGCUGGAUGGAGGGAAAUCGUCGGUGGCCUAUGCUCCGCACGGGGCCGGCCAAGGGCCCAGACGUCCCCAGAACCUACCCACAUACCCGGCUGGGUGUCUGCCUGUUCUCGGGCACCUCCUCGCCUUGGGCCGAGCGUCUCACCUCAAGCUAACGGCGUGGAGGCGGCAGUAUGGGGACGUCUUUACCGUCAGAAUUGGGAUGGAAGAUGUGGUGGUUCUGAACGGCUACGCUGCCGUCAAGGACGCGGUCAUGAGCAGGUCUGAGCUGUUCGCCUCCAGGCCGGCAAUCUACAUGUUUGAUGCUGUCUUUGGUUCCGGAAAAGACAUUACAUCUGCCCGCUGGGGGACCGAGUUCAAACAGAGAAAGCGGUUCGGUCUAACCGUCUUAAAGAGCCUGGGUAUGAAGGUCGGACCUGGCAGCAUUGAGGAGAAAAUCCGAGAGGAGGCGAGCUGUCUCCGCAACAGGAUGGCAAUGUAUGAGGGGGAGGCCAUCGACUUUGCGCAUGACGUCACGGUAGCGGUUGCAAACGUCGUCUGCUGCAUGGCGCUCGGGAAGCGUUACGACUACGAGGACGGAAAAUUCCGAGAGCUGUCGGAGGCGACUGCCAACGUCAUCACUGCACUGGGAGCGGGGCAGAUCAUCAACGUCUUUCCUGUCUUACGGUUUGUCCCUGGAGGUAAGUCCAAUAAAUCUACUCUGAGCUUCUUUGAUUGA